AUGGCCUCUACGGCCCCCACACGGACUCCUAUUAUCAACUCUAAGCUAGAUAGCUGUCUUUACAUCACAAUAAGCUCUCAGGGCUACAGUGGUAACCAGGAUAACGGGAACUACGAGAUGGGGUCUUAUGACCAGCAACAACCGGCCGAUGCGACCACCUUGUUGAACAAGUGCAGGGAGAUCAAUGAUGGAGUCGCGGACCUACAAGCCAAGCGUGAGGGGCAGCUUAUGGCUGCACAGAAUGCUAUGUUCGACUCCAGCAAUGUGAAGGAGGAUCAAGUUUCUCGCCAGACGCUGGAUUACAUCAAAGACGAGAUUAACAAUGGUUUCCGUUACCUCCGUGAUCUCCUGACCCAGAUCGAUAACACAAGUCGAAACAUCCGUCGUGAAAUUGAGCAAUACCAAAAGGCUCAGUCCGAUUUCCGGAAACGGUUGACAGAGCAAGUGCGCCGUCGGUACGAGAUAGCCAACCCGGAGGCCUCUCCCGAGGAGGUGGAUCAGGGUGUUCAAAAUGUCUUGCUGGGCCAAGAGCAGAUGUUCCAGGUUUCUGGUAGCCGAACUGGACAGGACAAUAACGCCAGGAAAGCCGCAUUGGAGCGGUCUGCUGCGAUUCGGAAGAUGGAACAAGAUAUGCCGGAACUUGCUCGGCUAUACCAGGAAGUGGCGGAGCUUGUACACCAGCAAGACCCUACUGUAGAACAAGUUAAUCAAGACGCUAAGGAUAUCGCUGGGAAUGUCGCACAUGCAGAAAUUUCGCGCGCCAUUGAUAGUGCACGUCGCGCAAGGAAAUGGAAGUGGUAUGCACUGUUUAUUAUCAAUCUUAUUAUUUCGAUCGUUGUUGGUGUUGCUUGUUAUGGCUCAGUCUAG